UUCACAGACAUGCUAUCUGAGUUGUCUAGAAGAGAGAAAGCAGCAAAUAUCAAGCCUGACCCAGAUCUUGAUGUCUACAUGAAGGCAUCUGCAGCUGAAGGCCAGGAGACAAGCAUAGUAACAGAUUAUACACUGAAGAUUUUGGGGUUGGAUAUAUGUGCCGAUACUUUGGUGGGAGAUGAAAUGCUGCGUGGGAUAUCUGGAGGACAAAGGAAGCGUGUGACUACCGGAGAGAUGUUGGUUGGACCAGCAAAUGCUCUAUUCAUGGAUGAAAUCUCCACAGGCUUGGUCAGGUCCACAACACUUCAGAUUGUUGAGUCUAACCCAUUUUGUGAUCUAUAA